AUGCUGCGCCAACUUGCUGCGCUCUUGCUCGCGGCGAGCGCGUCGGCUGCAGCCGAGCAAGUUGUGUUAUCUUCCGAACAUGAAAACGACCCGUCUGGAGCCGGUGUGCUGAGGCGGUUCACCGUACCUCAUGGCCUGGCCGACAUAUUCCUCGCCCAUGCUCAGGAAAGUGACUGGGAUGUAUGGCACGCAACAUCAACCUCUGUCGACGUCUACUUCCCCUCGUCUGCACCAUCCUUAGAGCACUACGCCUCUCUAUUCUCUAACUUCACCGACACACCAAUACCCUCGUCCGCCUAUGCAUCAUCUUCAUCUACACGAAAGACGGCAGAUGAGCCAUGGGACCUUUCAAGUCUCACCAACGCCUCCUUCCACGGCUCCUACCGCACCUUGGACGAAAUAUACAGUUUCAUGCACGACCUCUCCGUCGCACAUCCGGAAACAGUGCGCAUCGUGGGUAUUGGACACAGCGCCCAAGGGCGAGAGAUGUACGCGCUGGAGAUCUCUUCCGGACCGUCUAUACCGCCGCAGGACCCAGACACGGUCAGCGGGGAGGGAGGGUACAGGAAGCGGAAACACGGCGGCGAUGAAAACGGGAAGAUUGGGUUCGCUCUUACAGGCGCGCAGCACGCGCGUGAGUGGGUUGCGACGGCUACGGCGGUCUAUCUCGCCCACGCGCUCGUUGCGGACCAGAGCGAGGCGUACUCGCUUAACGCCCUCCUUGACGAAUUCAACUUCUACAUCGUACCCGUGCCGAACCCGGACGGCUAUCUCUAUACAUGGGAGACGGACAGGUUCUGGUACAAGAAUCGUCAGACACUCGCACACGGCGCACUAUGCACCGGCGUCGACAUGAACCGGAACUGGGGCUACAAGUGGAAAGCGAACCCCACCUCCUACGGACCUAACUUCUCUUCCGACGAAUACGACGACGACUAUGAGGACGUUGAGAUAUCUCGACAGAAGAAGGGUGGCAAGAAAGGCAAGAAGGGCAAGAAACCAAAAUCACCGCCUGCGGAUCCCUGCUCGCACUGGUAUCCCGGAGCACGAGCCUUCCAGGCGCCCGAAGUCUCUUCGCUCGCAACAUACCUAGAAGUCCAGCCCAACUUACGCGCUUACCUGGACCUACGCUCCUACGGCCAAAUGCUCUCCACGCCCUUCUCCUUCUCGUGCUCCAAAACGCCUCGAGAUGCCGAAGACCUUCUCGAAGCCGCACAUGGCGCCGCGUUCGCUGUGAGAGGUACACACGGCGCGGCAUUCACCACCGGCUCUUUGUGUGAGACACUGUAUAAAGCCGGAGGGAACGUCGUGGAUUGGAUGUACAAGGCUCUGGGCGUACGAUGGAGCUUUGCGGUUCAUCUAAGGGAUACGGGGACGUAUGGAUUCAUGCUUCCUCCGGAGUGGAUCAGAGUUGUCGGAGAGGAGACGAGUGGGAUGGUCAGCUAUUUGGCCAAGUUCGUUGCUGGGAAGGAAGCCGGCAAGUGA